AUGGACGGUUGUUACACGGAGGCUGUGAUGAGUUAUCAAAAUAAAGCCAAUAUGUCUCCAUGGCGUGGCAGAUAUGGAGGAUGGCAGAAAAUGCAAUCUGAUCUGGGCAAGUUGUUUAUUUGUGGGAUAUCAUGGGACACAAAUGAAGAGCGGCUAAAAGAGUAUUUCAGUAGUUAUGGCCAGGUUUUGGAGGUUGUGAUCAUGAAGGAUCACACCACUGGUUGGGCUCGCGUUAAACGCGGUUUUAAAAAAGAAAAUGGGCAUUACAAGUUAUUAGAUCAGAAAAUGCAAUCUGAUCUGGGCAAGUUGUUUAUUUGUGGGAUAUCAUGGGACACAAAUGAAGAGCGGCUAAAAGAGUAUUUCAGUAGUUAUGGCCAGGUUUUGGAGGUUGUGAUCAUGAAGGAUCACACCACUGGUUGGGCUCGCGUUAAACGCGGUUUAAAAAAGAAAAUGGGCAUUACAAGUUAUUAG